UACGCCCCUGCAUUCACAUGACUAUCACGUGACACUGGUAUAACAAAAGAUAAACAAACCUAAGUAGGAGUUGUUAGUGCUAUGACUAAUGUUCGGUUAUCUGGUUUUAGUAUGCUGUUAAAUUGGAUACUCCUAUUUGCUGCAUUGUUUGCCUGUGGUUUAUGCCUGGACAAUGGUUUGGCUAGGACACCACCCAUGGGCUGGCUGUCUUGGAUAAGGUUUGGAUGCAAUAUUGACUGUGUCUCAGACCCAGACUUCUGUAUAAGUGAGAAACUUAUCAUGCAGAUGGCUGACCAUAUGGCAAAAGAUGGGUACAAGGAUGCAGGUUAUGAGUAUGUUUGUAUAGACGAUUGUUGGCUGGCCACAGAGAGGGAUAAAAACCGCAGACUUCAGCCUGAUCCUAAACGUUUUCCUCGUGGAAUGAAAUUUUUAGCAGAUUAUGUACAUUCUAGGGGCUUGAAGUUAGGAAUAUAUGAAGAUUUUGGAACAAAGACCUGUGGUGGGUAUCCAGGAAGUGAAUUCUACCUACAACUGGAUGCACAGACAUUUGCUGAGUGGGGCAUUGACUUGCUGAAAUUUGAUACCUGCCACUCUGACGCUCAUGAUAAUAAAUAUGGAUAUCCUGCAAUGUCAAUGUACCUGAACCAGACAGGCCGUCCCAUCCUGUUCUCCUGUGAAUGGCCUUAUGGAGAACUACAGCAGAACUUAUCCUCAGAUUAUGGUCCAGUGCGCCAGUACUGCAAUAUAUGGAGGAAUGACUGGGAUGUCAUGGAUGAUUUCAAAAAUGUGAUGGGUAUUGUAGGCUUCUAUGGAAAAAACAAUGAACUGUUCAUGAAAUAUUCUGGUCCAGGUGGAUUCUUCGAUCCAGAUCAGUUGAUAGUUGGAGGUAUUGGUAUGAGCCAUUACCAGCAGAGAGCUCAAAUGGCUAUGUGGGCCAUGUUUUCAGCUCCACUCUUGAUGUCCAAUGAUCUAAGAGAUAUUCCUGAAGAAGCCAAGCAAUUGUUAUUGAACAAGUAUAUACUAAGUGUAGACCAAGAUCCUCUGGGUGCCAUGGCAACCAAAGUAUGGGAGUUCAAAGGACUUCAGCUGUGGGUAAAACCUAUUAUGCCAAAGGGAAGUUUAGCCAUAGUUUUCUUCAACACAAAUGCCUUUGGGAGUGGGUCAGCAAUAUCGUCUGCAGCUGGUGAUAUUGGAAUGACUGAUUCAAGAGGCUACCAAGUCACUGAAGUGUUCACAGGGAAAGAUCUGGGUACUUUUAAGCCAGACACUAAACUGAAAACACGUGUUUUUACAACUGAUGCUUACAUGAUUGUUUGCAAGAUUUUAUCCUGAAAUAUACUUUGAUACCUUUAUCGCUCAUUUUCUACAGCAUAAAGUGCAUGGGCUAUGUACUGUAAAAGCAAAUAUUUUCGCUGGGUCAAAAUUGCGAGAAUUUUAAAUUUUGAGUAUGUUCGCGAGGUUUAAUAUUUAAAAGUGGUAUCAUACUUGAAUUUGAAUUAUAAUAAUGGUGAAUAUUUAUGCAAGGAUUAAAUUUCAGGAGAUGAAGGGCCUCAGGAAUAUAGCAAAAAUUAAACCCUCACGAAAAUUUCUGCUUUUUACAGUAUUGUCAAACUGAUGUUUGAGGUUGUAUAGCCAUAAACUGGUUCAUGUUAUGACUUGUAAAAUUCCACUUAUCUCAUUAUCGUUACAGGGAGGUCUAUAGAAAGUGAUACUUGUAUCAAAAAGUUAUAUUCUUGUAAGCAAAUGCAUGUACUCUUAUACAGAUCUGUCAAACUGUGAUAUUGAGUAACUAUACCUCAGGGGGAAAAAAAUCUUAUUUUCAUGUACAGAGAAUUUGUAUUUUUAAUAUUCUAAACAUAAUUUGGUUAAGUAUUGCAUUACAUUGUUGUAUUCUGGCCAUUAUCUUCUUUUAUUGUCUGAAACAAAUCAAAAUUAGUAGUUGCUAUAUAUGGGUUUAUUGUCAGUAAACUGUUUUUGAGCUCCCUUAGAUUUUUUGAUUUUGUGGAAUUUAGACUUACCCUUGUCUGUACAUCCGUCAGUUUGUCUGAAUUUGUGUUGUACAUACCUGAAAAGGUAAUUAACCUAGAAUCAUCAAACAUUAUAGGCUUGUUAUUCAGCAUGUGAAGUUGGAUAGCUAGGAUUUUUGUUUGGGAUUUCACUCAAACCAGAGUUAAGGCUCUUAACAGUCAAAAAAUAUGUAUGAAUGUCCUUAAAGUUUGUGUCACACAUAUCUCAAAAAGUGUUUUACCUAGAGUCAUGAAAGAUCAUAGGUUUGUUAUUCAGCAUGUUAUGAACUUUGGAUUACUUAGCAAGGUCAAUGUUUUGACCUUUGAAUCAGUAUAAGAUGCAGUGAAGGGCCUAAAAGUUUGUGUCACAUGUAUCUCAAAAAGCAUUUGACAUGGAAUAAUGAAGUUUUGUAGAAAUACUUUUAAGCAUGUGAAGUUAUGCAACUUGGUAUUGAGGGGUUUCACCUAGUCAAACCAAAGUAUUUCUCUUGUGUCGGUUAAACCCAACAAAACAAAAGUUAUGGCUCGUGUCUAAUCAAAACUAUGGAUAAAUGGUGUUAAAGUUUGUGUUGCAUAUAUUUGAAAAAAAAAAUUUGACAUUGCCUCAUGAAAUAUUAGAGGAUGUUAUGUAUAAAGCAUAUGAGCCGCGCCAUGGGAAAAUCAACAUAGUGGGUUUGCGACCAGCAUGGAUCCAGACCAGCCUGCGCAUCCGCGCAGUCUGGUCAGGAUCAAUGCUGUUCGCUCUGGUUUCUCUAAUUGCAGUAGGCUUUAAAAGCGAACAGCAUGGAUCCUGACCAGACUGCGUGGAUGCACAGGCUGGUCUGGAUCCAUGCUGUUCGCACACCCACUAUGUUGGUUUUCUCAUGGCACGGCUCAUAUGAAGUUGUGCACCUGGUGCAGUGUAUUUCCACCCCACCAUCUCUCCCCUCCCUCCCCUUGUUCACCUGGUGCAUUGUUUUGAAUAUACCAGUCCCUCCCUUGUUCGCCCCACCAUCUCUCCCCUCUCCCUAACCCCUAAAAACAAUUUGUUUUUAGUAUUUACAUUUUCAGUUUCUUUUAUCUUGUGUUCCAUACCUCAUGUUUUUAUUUCGAUGUAAAUGAGAUGUGAAUUAAACCAGAAUUUGUAGUCCUGUUUGGCGCCAUAUAACCAAUACUGUGUUGGUGCGCCGUAAAACCCAAAUAAAUAAAUAAAUAAAUUUAUCUUGUGGUUCAUGGUAAUGUUUGGUAGUACCUAUACCCCCAAAUGUUGACUCACACCCCAGACUUAUAUAAGAUUUAUGAAAGUUUUCUAGGUUUGCAUUGUCAAUGAGUAACACAAUUGUCAGCAAGUAAAAUAUUUUGACUGAUGUGACAAGAAGUGGAAACACCGGUGUCCUGUUGACACACAACUAGUUUCUUAAGUCGUUAUAGAUUCCUACAUUAUAGUUUAAACAUACAAUGGAAUUUAUUAUAUUUUUAUAUUGCUUAUUUAUAUUUGUAUUCAUAUAUAAUAACAGCUCUAUAUGCACAAAAUUUAAACGAAAUUAUAAAAUGUUUGAAUAUACAAGUCUAUGGCCCUGACAAGGUGCUUUUCACCUUGGUCUGUCAGUCUCUGUAUAUAUUACCUUGGUCAAGUCCAUAAUCUUGGAUAUUCACCAAUCAUCACAAAAUAAAUGUUUAAUAUCACAUGAUUGAUGUCAGGGUAACUGAUAAUUUCAUGUGGUGUUUUUUAAAAGCUUUCAUGAUUUGUCUAUUGUCACUUUGGUUCCAGUUUGCUGAAAAAUUGGAUUUACAAACUGUUAUAACCAUUUCAAGUGUUUACUGAUGUUUGCUUUUAAAUGUUUGACAUUUAUAGGUUAUUAUAUAGUUCUGUUACUUCUUUAUAUUUUCAAAAAUAAAAAUAGAUAUUUGUUAA